AGCGAGAGAUUAUGAAAUUGACUUUUGGCCAAAACGCUAACUUUAAUCGCAAAAGUAAGAAAAUCUAGUAAAACAGAUGCUGAGAGCAAAAUCUGCGAUCUUCUGCUAUUUCCCCAUUUGAAACUCCACCGUUCAAGCCGGUCACUGCUCCAACGGACCGGCGGAACAAGGAGACAAAAAGAUGGGUGAAUCUCCAGAUUUCAUAAGCGAUCUACCUCAAAGCAUUAUUGAGAAUAUCCUUACUCGGCUUUCGAUUAGAGAUGCAAUAAGAACAAGUGUAUUAUCUAGCAAAUGGAGAUAUAAAUGGUCUACACUCACUGAUCUUGUCUUUGAUGAGAAAUGUGUUUCUCCUUCUAAUGACCGUUGUGUUGUUGAGACUAAUCUUGUGAGAUUCAUUACUGGAGUGCUUCUCCUUCACCAAGGACCUAUCCACAAGUUUCAGCUCUCUACUUCUUUCAAACAAUGUCGUCCAGAUAUUGAUCAGUGGUUGCUUUUUCUUUCGAGGAACGGGAUUAAGGAGCUUGUUCUUAAGUUAGGUGAAGGAGAAUUCAGGGUUCCUGCAUGUCUCUUUAACUGUUUGAAAUUGACCUGUUUGGAGUUAUGUCAUUGUGAGUUUGAUCCGCCUCAGUAUUUCAAAGGGUUUUCGUAUCUGAAGAGUUUAAACCUUCACCAGAUCCUUGUUGCUCCUGAGGUUAUUGAAAGUCUGAUCUCAGGAUGUCCGCUUCUCGAGUUCCUGUCUUUGUCUUACUUUGACAGUUUGGUUUUGAGUAUAUCAGCUCCGAAUCUCAUGUACUUGUAUCUAGACGGCGAAUUCAAAGACAUUUUCCUCGAGAAUACGCCCAAGCUAGUUGCAAUAUCGGUUUCAAUGUACAUGCAUGAGGAUGUUACUGAUUUUGAGCAGAGUUCGGAUUAUAAUCUCGUUAAGUUCCUUGGUGGUGUGCCCCUUCUUGAGAAGCUCGUCGGUUAUAUCUACUUCACAAAGUACUUGAGUAUAGGAGAUGACCCGGGAAGGCUUCCACUUACUUACAUACAUCUUAAAACUAUAGAACUUUACCAAGUAUGCUUUGAAGAUGCCGAUGAGGUGCUAGUUCUUCUUCGUUUGGUCACUCACUCUCCCAACCUUAAAGAGCUCAAAGUUUCGGCUUCACCAGUCCAACCAUUUCCUCUUGAAGAAGAAGGUUUUGACCUUUUCGAAAGAGAUUACUUCGACUACAAACUCCCAAGCCUUGAAAGCGUGAAGAUAACAGACGCCUCUGGCAUCAGAUAUGAAUUGGAAUUUAUCAGAUUCUUGCUGGGAACUUCACCAGUUUUGGAGACAGUCACUGUAUCAUCAAGUUUAUCAGAUAAAGAUGCGAAAAUGGAUAUGGUUAUCGAAUUGCUCAGGUAUCCACGUGUCUCUCCUCGAGCUCAGCUCCUCUUCCUUCAAGACUGAAAUCUGAUUCCCCUUCUCCAUCUCUCUCCCUCUCUCUCUUUCUGUUAUCAUGUCUAAACAUGUUUUGGUGUUGAAUCUGUUGGAGGAAAUAUAUAAUUGUGGAAAGAUAACAAAACUGUUGAAUCUGCAGGAGUGAACUUAGUUGACCAAAGAUAGUAAAAAAGAGUUACUACUUGUACUUGAAUUGGUGUGUUAGUAUUAUCAUUCUAACUAAAAUUCAAAUUGUAAUAUGCAUUAUGGGGUCUAAAUUCGGAAAGUGAUGCUAACAAAUUAGUAGGUUAUUUACAUGUCCUAUCAAUUUAGACUCAAAACUAUAAUUUUAUUAUGUUGUCGGCUGUAGAAAGAAAGAUAUUUGGUUGGUUUGUAAAAAUUGAAAUAAUCAAAAAAACAAAGAAAAGGAAAAA